AAUUUCUUUCCUUCACCUAGUGCUCUCCCAGUAGUUUAAGAAACUCCGGCAACUGUGAUUCAUCGGAAAAACCGACGAAAAACUCAUUAGAAACUAGAUUAAUUUUUUACCAGUAAUGAAUUACGAUUUCAGGACCCGAGAGGGCCAAUCUUACGACCCGAAUUAUAGCAGGCCGGCCGCUGCUGCGGUGUCAUCGUCUGCGCAUCCGCCGUACGGGAAACCAUCCUCCCUCUAUCCCAAGAUCGGUGGCGGUGGCGGUGGCGGUGGCGGUGGCGCCAGCUCCUCCACCCCUGGCGUCCCUGGUCGUGGCCAUCAAUUCCAGCAUGCCCCUGCUCCGCCCUCUACUUCUGGAAUUGGGAUUAGGGUUGCUGUAAAACCAGAGUAUAAAAUUACACCACCGCCUCAGUUGUCUCCACACGUUGGAGAGAUUCCUCGAAGUCGUUUCCACUUUGAUUUCGAAUUCGAGAGGAUUCUUUUGGCUGAAGCAGUCAAGGAAAACCCGAAUUGGAGCCGACUUGGCCUGGAAACUGUUCCUCCUAAGCCAACUGAGUCAACAUCUUAUAACCCAAGCGCUGAUCACUUAGUGAGUAAAUAUAUAGCAUCUGGCCUUAAUAGAGAUGCUGUGCCUAUUGCUGUUGCAAAUUAUGGAGACAAUCCUGCCAAGGUUAAGGAAUUUGUGAAUGGCUAUGCUCUUCUGCAUGAAAUGGGAUUCUCAUCGAACAGUGUUGCAGACGCCCUGUUCAUGUACGACAAUGAUACCGACAAGGCAUUGGCUCAUUUUCUCAACGGCGCAUCCUAAAAUCUCUGUACUAUUAGUUGUUUUUAAGUUGAAGUGGUUGUAUCAUUUGUUUGUAUUGGUGCAGCCGCUAAUGUACCCUGGUAAUAUACUCCUAUACGAUUGUAAAUGAAUUUCCUGUGAGAAAUGAAUAAUAUGCUCUUUAAACUAGCAGUGCUAUUAAUUGUUCGACUCUAUAUUUUCCAGACGA